UCAGGCUUCAGUUACAGAGUAAAUGCUGGAAAUUAUAUUGAAACUUUCUUUUUCUCUCAUCUCUCUUCUUUUUGUCUCUCAUCUUCUUCCCUUCUCUUUGAACUCACCGAAACCAUCAAUCCAUCUCUCUUCUCUCAUCCCUUCCCUUCAGUUACAGAUUAAAUGCUGGAAAUUAUAUUGGUUUCAUCUUUUUCCUUGCUUUUUAUUUACUUUGUUUUGGUUGUUAGUGGGGAAGUGGGUGGAUUCAACGCGAAGGUGGUCGUGUUUUCUCCGCCUCCUAGAUCUGGGACAACUCAGGAAGUGGUGUUUGACUCUUUGCAGACUUGGUGUUUUUAGAUUUGUUGUGUUCUUUGAUGGAGAAUCUGAGAAAUUUGCAGAACAUGAUGUGGCUGGGAAGCUGGAUAGCUUUGCAGCUUUGCUGCUAUUUUGCUGUGUGUGCAGAAACCGUAACCGAACCGAACUAAACGGUUCCGGUUCCAAGUCGGUUCUGGCAAAAAAAAGUAACAACACCGAACCAGAAAAAUAUUGUCAGUUCCGGUUCCGGUUCCAAUAAAAAUGUCCAAAAACAGAACCGAUCCCAGCCCUAGUUUGAACCUCUCGCCCUUGAGUUUUAAACUAGGGUACCCUAACAUUCCCCUGGAAAGAAAGGUUUCAUUUUUUAAUUUUUAUGUUUUUAUUUUUUAUUUUGGUCGAAGAAAGGCCACGAUGGCAUAGGAAAGGUGGAAGCUUUAAUAGGGGCAAGUCCUACAUUGUUGGUCAUUAAACCCACCAUACAUUUAUUUUCUCCCUUCCUUUUCUAUGCUUUCGUCCAACAAUCAAAACUAAUCGAACAAACAAAAUGGCAAGCUUGAGAAGAGGUUUGAUCACAGCCCACCGAGCUCUCAAAUCCAGCAACUCCAUCUCACCCACUCAGACCCUUCUCAGGCCUCAAUAUAGUAGUGGCUUAGUUCAGCGCUCUUAUUCUACUGAUAACACCAGCAAUCUACAUAUCGACCUCUCUAAUGAAGAGAGCAAACGGCGGUUAUGUAAUAGGUUAUUGUACAGGAGCAAACAGAGAGGGUUCUUGGAAUUGGAUUUGGUUCUGGGUAAAUGGGUGGAGGAUCAUAUUCAUUCCAUGGAUGAAAAUGGAAUUAAAUCUCUUGUGGAUGUUCUUGACCUGGAAAAUCCUGAUCUAUGGAAGUGGUUAAGUGGCCAGGAGCAACCGCCUGAGGCACUCACAACUAAUCCGGUUUUCACUGCAGUGCGCAGCAAGGUUACAAACAACCUGGACAGCUAUGCUGCUCCUGAGACACGAGCAACACCCGGGAACCCAUGGGUUAGAGGAUGGGAUGAUAUAAAGAAAUAUCAGGGCGGUCCCAUAACUGGGAACCAGUAGUUCUGUCAUUUCUUGUACAAGUUAAAUUUCAUACGGUGUGUUCAUUUGUGACGACUUAGGGAAGAAAAAUACUUGUUGGAAUUAGCCAUGCCUAGUCUUUACUAAUAAAACCAAGAGGUAUGGCAGGCAUUAUCUCCCUUGGUUCUUAUUUUCUGGUAUAGCCCUUGUUUCUCAUUUGGUCAAGACCCCUAUGUUAUAAACUUAUAAACAAUACUCUCUCUCAGUUUGUGUCUGCAUACUGAUCAAUAAUGCAAGGAGGAGAAAAUAAGAUUCAUGUAA